AUGAAACUCCUUGUGCUGGCUGCUCUGCUCACAGUGUGUGCCGCCGAGGGCGGCGUCAGCCCGCGGGCCGUGUGGCAGUUCCGCAACAUGAUCAAGUGCACGAUGCCUGAGAGCGACCCCUUGAGAGAUUACAACAACUACGGCUGCUACUGCGGCCUGGGCGGAUCCGGCACCCCCGUGGAUGAGCUGGACAAGUGCUGCCAGACACACGACCGCUGCUACGACCAAGCCAAGAAGCUGGACACCUGCAAAUUCCUCCUGGACAACCCCUACACCAAAAGCUACUCGUACAAGUGCUCGGGCUCGGAGAUCGUCUGCAGCAGCAAAAACAAGCCCUGCCAGGCCUUCAUCUGCGAGUGCGACCGCAAUGCUGCCAUCUGCUUUUCCAAGGCCCCUUACAACAAGGAGCACAAGAACCUGAACACCAAGAAGUUCUGCCAGGACUGAGCGCCGCCCGCCUCCGUACCGCCUUGUCCCUGUGGCUGUCGCCUUCCACGGCGCCCGCCCUCCA